AUGAGCGUCAGUCGGCUCAUGGUUGCGACCAUGGGCGGGGGCAGCAGAGGCUCCAACCCCAGGCCCAACGCCGGCGGCGAGGAGGAGUUCCUCCUCGUCCCCGCGACCCGCCUCGCCGCCGAGCGCUCCGACGACGCGCCCGACCAGCCUGUGCUUCUCUCCCGCGUCUUCAAGUCCGAGCGCAUCGAGCUCUCGGAGGACCGCCUCACCGCGGCCAGCACCAAGGGCUUCCGCAUGGUGCGCGCGACCCGCGGCGUUGCGGCAGGGGCGUGGUACUUCGAGGUCAAGGUCGUGCACCUCGGCCCCACCGGCCACACCCGCCUUGGAUGGGCCACCAACAAGGCUGACCUCCAGACGCCCGUCGGCUUCGACGCCUAUGGGUUUGGGUACCGUGACGUCGAUGGCGCCAAGGUGACUAAGGCUUGGAGGGACAAGUACGCUGAUGAAGGGUACGGGGAAGGAGAUGUCCUGGGGUUCUACAUUUCUCUGCCUGAUGGGGAGCGGUAUGAACCGAAGCAGCCUGACCUGAUUCAGUACAAGGGAAUGCCUUUUCACGUCCAAGUCCCCAAGGAGGAGCAGAAGACGCCGGAUCCUGUCCCUGGUACCCUCUUCUGAUCAAUCGAAAUAGGCAAUUUGCAUUGCCCUCUUCUGAUCAAUCGAAAUAUAGGUACCCUCUUCUGAUCAAUCGAAAUAGGCAAUUUGCAUUGCCAACAAUGAGAUUAUGGCUGGUUCAUAUGUUCAUUAAAACAUGCAUAUUUUUAUUAUUUUUAUUAGUGAUCUUACAAAUGUGGAUUAGAAUGGCUGGACAUCAAGUUUUCCUCAACGAGGGAGCUGAAUUACAAAAUGGCAAUAUAUGCAUACU